AUGCUGAAGUAUGCAGCUCCAUUGGUUAAGCAUUACAAGAAGGUUGUUUGGAAUCCUGAAGUACCGAAUCGAAUCAAGAAUAUACUAAAGGAUGAGAAACCAUUAAAAAGUCGAGAAAAUGCUGCAUUGAUGAAUUAUUAUAUUAAUAUGCAUAAUGGGAGAUUACAUCCAUCUGAAAGAGGUUAUCUCUUAAGGUAUCUUUAUCAGAAGAAAGCCUAUGGCAGUGUAGUAACCGUAGGAAGUAGACUACUGUAUGGCAAUAACAAUGAUGGAAUUAAAAGCGUAAUACGAGAUGAUGUUUCUAUGAAUGAAUUAAAAAGAUAUUUGAAUUCAUUGGUAAGAUUGCAUAAGACUUCACAGUUGGACUCAUGUAUGGGGAGAAUUAUUGCACAAUUUGCCAUAACCAGAAGAUCUUUUGUAGUGGAUAUCAUUAAUUCAAUAUUCGUUACCACUUAUCAAACUUUUGGCGAGGACUCUAUGGAGCCUUUAAUCAAAUGGGUUAAGUGGAUGAAAAUGCUUAAUGGACAUUGUGAGUUUACGGAUUACAUGCAAUACAAAUACAUUAUGAGUUCAUUGUUAUUUUAUCUUCGAGGUAGAAGAGGUAAUGAUCAUGAUAAUAAAAGCUUUUUUGAAAAUGUUUUAGGUGAUAUUAAGAGGAUACAAGGUGCAGCAGCGGCAUCACAGUUUGCCACUACACUCAUGUGUCUUUUAGCAUACAGUAGGCGGUUUCAUUCUGUGGAGAAUAUUUGGCAUUAUAAAAUUAAUCAGAACUUUAGUAUUGUAAGCGCAGACCUUACCAAUAUCAUGAAAGUAUUUUGUCAUUUUAAGAGCUUCGAAUCUAUCCCAUCAUUAUACCAAGAACAUCCCGAUGCUCAUGAUGAUGUUCGUCAAUUCGAUUACUUGUUAAUAGCCCAUUCCGAAUUACAAGAUUGGAAAUCAUUACAAGAUCAGUUUAAUGCACUUUUCAACGUGGGUGAUUUGCCCAAUUUACGACAUUACGGUAUCGUUAUGUAUUCAUUGGCCACCAUAGGUGAAUUGGAAAAUGUGGAAAGGCUAUAUGCACAACUACUAAGAAGAAAGCUGCUACCCAAUUUUGCAGUACUACAGUCCUUACUGUUGGUACACUAUAAAUGCGCAGAUUUAAACGGUUGUUUCGCCCAAUUCGAUCUAUUUGACAAAUAUUCCAUUCCACCAUCGUCUUCCACCUAUACCAUCAUGUUGAAAGCAUAUAGAAAUUUGAAUGAUAUCGAUGGUGCAUUAAGAUUACUCAAGAAAAUGACUGAAUCGGCUUACCACGUUAUCACUGAAAGGCAUUUUUCCAUCUUAAUUCACAUGUGUUCAAAGAUUACAAACACUAUGAUUGCAGAGGAACUUUUCCAAUUAAUGGUAGACCAUUACAAUAUAACACCAACGGGGUUAUCGGUAGCAGCUCUCAUGGACGUCUACAUCGCUAGUGGUGUCCCUCAGGAAUCACUCUCGUUGUUUAAAAAGUAUGCACAAUUAAAACCAGUCGAUGAAGGUUUAAUAUCCAUUUACAAUAGAGCCAUUACGGCAAGAAUUGAAAUGGGUGAGAAAAUAGAGUGUGAAAAGCUGUUCGAUAUGAUUACCCAAUUAAAACUAAACACCGAUUCUGAAUUCUAUCGAGUUAUGAUUAGAUAUUUGGCCACUCUAGAAAAGGAUUAUGAGACCGCAGAAAAUAUAUUAGAUCAAUUGAUUGAGCAUCCAAAUUUACAAGCAGAUGCAUCUCACUUUGAAACGAUGAUGGAGGCAUACGAUUCAAUUUCAUAUAGAGACGGCGUAUUGAAACUUUUUGCCAAGAUGACCAAAAAUGAGGUACCAUUGAACUCUAAAAUUUUGCAUCAUUUGAUAAAGUCAACUUUCAAAAUACAAAUUCGUAACCAAGAGAAUUUGAGCCAACCCAUUGAACUAUUGGAUCGAAUCAUGAAGAAUGUCUCUGAAAGAAAUUUACAGAUGACUUUCCAGUUUUUACACCCUUCAGUAUUAGGUUUGCCCAUGAGAUGUGUUGCCAAGUAUCAUGGUGCACAGGAAGCAUUGCAACUUUUAAAUCGGUAUAGUGAGUUAUUCUAUGGAACAACCGACUCUUCAACCUUACAAAAUCGAUUCGUUAUUCUUCGGUCGCUCUUAGUGCUGACGGGUGAAAUACAACAAUGGGAAGAUUUUGAAGGAUAUUAUCAGAAAUAUGUGGCUAGAAUUGAGAAAUUUCAAAAUACACCUUCAGCUACCCAGCCAAACAAGAGGAUGAAAUCAUUGAUGGUUGGAUUAUUUGCAUACAAAGUAAAACAUCUAUUAUGGAAAGGUGCUAUACAUGAAAUUCCACAAUGGAUGCAAAAAUUUGAAAAAAUGGGGUUAUGGUUGGAUAACGAUUCUUGGAAUGAGGCGGUAAUGACUAUGUUCAAAGAUUCAAGGACCAUUGAAUUUGCCCUGAAAGUCGUUAACGAAAAAUUAAUCCAUGGGUACAAUCUAAUUCACAAAUAUCGAUUACUUCGUCAUAAUUCUAAACAAUUGACUUCCGCUGAUAAACUACCAUGGUUAUUACAACAUAAAAAGUUGUAUCCUGAAAGUUUCCGUCACAAAUUGUAUCUAAAAUCGGAUGUCGCUACCAGCGUGAUGGAAUCGAUGGAUCAGUACUUAAAUUGUUGUCAAGAUUUAAAUGAGGAGGUAACUCGAUUAGCUAAAUUAUACCCAUAUUUCAUGAAAAAUUAUUUGAUGCAUCCUAGAAACGUGAAUGGUUGGGAUGAGAUGGAGAAAAGACAUUCGGGAGUUUUUCAACAAUUGAGAUUAACCAAAAAAUUGUAA